CGGGCCCGGCGCACGUUGCCGGCAGUGCGGGCGGAGCGGCGGCAGCGCGAUGGCGGAGGCGGCGGCGGCGCUGGACGGGGCUGCGCGGCGCGGGAAGAGAACGGCGGAGGAGGAGGAGGAGGAAGAGGAAGAGGAGGAGCGGGGCGGGCGGCGGCGGCGGAGCUUCCAGCCGGCGGCGGAGCCUCUGGGAACCACCGUGCUGCACGCAGCCGUCAGCACCCGCCCGCAGCCGCUGCCAGCUCGGUACUUUGACACCGGCACCACGGAGCCCAUCAGCUUCUUCCUGUCUGGCCUUGAGGAGUUGCUGGCCUGGCAGCCCAACAGCGAUGAUGACUUCAACAUCUGUGCGGUGCCUCUGGCCCAGCGUCAACCCCCACUGCACAGCCGGAGACCACGCACGCUGCUGUGCCACGACAUGCGUGGUGGAUACCUGGAGGACAGGUUCAUCCAGGGCUCAGCCACACGCAACCCGUACGUCUUCUACCACUGGCGCUACAUCGACAUCUUUGUCUACUUCAGCCACCACACUGUCACCAUCCCACCUGUGUGCUGGACCAACGCGGCACACAGGAAUGGCGUCCCGGUGCUGGGCACUUUCAUCACGGAGUGGACGGACGGCGAGAAGCUGUGCGAGGCAUUCCUGGCGGGUGGGGAGGAGGCGUACCGUGCUGUGAGCCACCAGCUGGCCCGCAUCGCCCAACACUACCGCUUUGAUGGCUGGCUGAUCAACAUCGAGAAUGCACUGAGCGCGGCGGCAGUGGAGAACUUGUCCCCCUUCCUGCGGCAUCUGACUGCGCAGGUGCACGGCGCGGUGCCGGGGGGGCUGGUGAUUUGGUAUGACAGCAUUGUGGAGAGUGGCACGCUGAGAUGGCAGAAUGAGCUGAAUGAGCAGAAUAGGUUGUUCUUUGAUGCCUGUGAUGGGCUGUUUGUCAACUACAACUGGAAGGAGGAGCACCUGGAGCGCACACGUGAGCUGGCUGGGCAGCGCCACGCUGACGUCUACAUUGGUGUCGAUGUCUUUGCUCGUGGGGACGUGGUUGGCGGUGGCUUUGACACCAACAAGUCACUCAGCCUGAUCCGCAAGCACGGCCUGUCUGCAGCCAUCUUUGCUCCUGGCUGGGUCUACGAACACCUGGGAGAGGAGAACUUCCUGCAGAAUGAGAACAAGUUCUGGGGCUUGCUGGAAGACUACCUGCCCACACACAGCAUUUGCACGCUGCCCCUCGCCACCUCCUUCAGUGUGGGAAUGGGCACUGGCAUGUUCCUCGCUGGGAAGGAGGAAGAGGCCGGGCCAUGGUACAACCUGAGCGCCCAGGAGAUCCAACCCCUUUAUCCAGAGCGCCGGGGCCAACUGAGUACCAGCUGCUGCCUGCAGGAUGCCUGGUGUGGGGGCAGCUCCCUGCGGGUGCAGGGCACCAUCCCUCCUGGCGAGGAGCGUGUGACCAUCCGCCUUUUCUCUUUCCAGAUGCAUGCACCUCCCAAGCUCUUCCUGAACCUGCUCUACAAGAUGGAGGGGCCACACAGGGAUGACUUCACGGUUGCCCUGGAGCUCACCACCUGGCACUCGAGCAGAUGCCAUGACAGCACUGUCACUGUGCUGCCGAGUGAGGACGAGCCCCACAGCCUCCACCACCCCCGUCUUCUCCCAGCCCCACCACCUGCCCUGUCCAGGCUACUUGCUGCUUGCAGUCACGGUGCCCAGGGCUGGACCAGCCGGUGCUACGAGCAGGAGCUGCAGGGCUGCAUCCUGCGCGACCUCUCCCUGCUGGUGUCCAGAAAACAGGCCAGCCCACAGGAGACGAGCUUCAGCUGUCUCCUGGGGGAGCUCCGGGUGCUGGAUGCGGGCAGCAUGGCAGCCUCUCCACCGCAGGUGCAGAGCCUGACAGCCUCGCAGCUCUGGUGGCAGGAUGGCCCCAACGUUGAGCAGCUCUCCCUCAGCCUCACGCUGCGCUGGGCCUUUCCCCCCAGGCGGGCUGCCUGCUUCCGCGUGCUCAGCCAGGGCACACGGUGCCACCGGGCGCAGCCGCCGCAGCCGCAGCUCCUGGGGCUGGCACAUGGCUGCCAGUACCGUGCGGUGGGGCUGGCAGUGCCACGGCCUGCAACCGGGCAGUCGUGCCAGCUGGAGCUGCUGGUGGAGCCGGUGCUGCCCAGCGAGCUGCCAGUGGGCCCAGAGCAAUGGGGCCGGCUGCUGCUGGUGUACUCUGAGCCGGCUGGUGGCAGCAACCGAGCCGGGCAUUAAAGGUGAAUGUGGCACAGCCCUGGCUCCAUGCAUCCCCUGCACCGGGUGGGGUAGGAGAUACAGGGACACCGCCGCUCAGGGCUAAGUUUUAGGGCUCCACUUGCAGCCCCAAAGAGCUGCACCCUUCAUGAAUCUGCCUCGGUGCUGUCCCUUCUUUAAGGGCUGGCAGCCGGCGCUUCCACCCACAGCGGCUCCCUUGGAUAUCUUGUGUGGAGAAGGAGAGAAAAUUUAUAGCAGCAAUUAUUUUAUCACAGUCUGGUGAGCAAGCAAUUAGCAGGCAGGGACGUAGCCGAGCGUGCCGCGCAGCAGGGCCGUGCAGCCCCGGCUCCUUCAGAGCGCCGGCCUCGGUCCCACAGACAAUACUGGCUCCCGUUCAGGAAAAUUAAUAUGUCAGCAUUGAAGCUGCUGCUCCUCCGUGGGCAAAUUGCUCUGAAAUAAAUUAUAGGGUGGUUUGGAGAAGGAAGGGCUCGGCACAGCUGGGACCCUGCCGCAACGUAGGGACCCCCAGCUCCGCUGCACCCGCGCCCCAGUCAAAACUGGAGUCGCCCUGGUUGAAGAAAGAAAUCUUUAUUAAUAAUUUCCAUAAUAAUAAUAAUAAUCCUUGUAGUAAUAAUAAUAAUAAUAAUAAUAAUAAUACUGUUUAUUAGAAUGGUCACACCUUUGAAGCAUACAGGACGGGCCGGCGCCAGCCUGCAGCCGGGGCCGGCGCGGGGCUUUGCUGUAAGGAAGAAGCCAGUACAGCGAUGGGGGUUUGUACAGGGGCGGCCGGGCGGGGCUAUGUACACGGGGAAUAGAAAAGGGGGAACUCGUUGCUGGAGCGUCGGGGCGUCUGCAGACUAUAAAGUGAGGUUUGACGAGUGGCGGAGCCACGCGGGGCGGGAGCGGCUGAGCCGAGGUCACCCCGACGUGGGACGGGGCCGCACCGGGGGGACCGCGCGCCCACCGGGGUCCCUGCGGCGGGCGGGGGGCGGCCGUGACGUCCCAUCGGUCCCCGUCCCAGCUCAGCGCGGGGAGCCCCGAGGCAGGCGAGCCUCGGGUGCGACAGGGACGGGCGGGAGGGGAACGCAAGCGAGUUGCAAGCUCCUCUUAACAAAAAUUCCCUUUAAAACGCAGAGGCGCGUCCCCUGCAGCGCCCAGCACACCCGCGCGGGGCCGAGCCUCGCACCCCGACGUGCUGCCGCUCAGCCCGGAGCCGCGACGCGCUGGGGGCCGGGAGCUGAGCUGAGCCCAGCCGGGCGGGACCGCGCGCCGGCACCGCGCCGGGCGCGAAGGAAGACGUGGAGCCCGGGCCGGGCCUGGGGCUGCGGGCUGCCGGCUGUGGGCGCGUCCCAGCGCUCCGUGCGCUCCGCAGUCUCCUCCGGGACUCGGUGCGUGUGUGUGGACAGACGGGACGUUCACUUGGUUGUUGCCUCUUUGCUUGGUCGGUUGGUUGCUUUGCUUUUAAUCUUUUUUUUUUUUCCUU